UGAAGGCGCAAGUAGUGGGUGAAAACGGGUAUCCCCCACUAACUCCGGAGAUGGAAAUCAAACCAACACCCGACAGUGGCAUUAACGUAAGAAGACUAUAUUCCAAGCCUUAACAAUAAAAUCAGUUGUAAUAUAAACCCGACAGUAGUCCUCCAUACCUCCUUCUAUCUUCUUUUGUCAGUCGCACCACACAGCGACUGUCUCCUACUCACAUUUUUCUCGCUCUCUUUUGUUUUACCCCAUGGGUUCUGUACUUUGUUUCUCUCUUAUUACUUUUCUCUUUGUUGUUGUCGCCCUUCAGCCAUGUUUGACCAAGAAAACUUACAUUGUUCAUAUGAAACAUCAUCAGAGACCUUCUUCCUAUUCUACCCAUCAUGAUUGGUAUGAUGCUCAGCUCAAAUCUUUGUCGUCUUCUACAUCUGAUGAAUCAUCCCUUCUUUACACUUAUGAUACUGCUUAUCCUGGAUUUUCUGCCUCUCUUGACCCUCAUGAGGCUGAAUUGCUUCGUCAGUCUGAUGAUGUCGUUGGGGUGUAUGAGGAUAGUCUGUAUCUACUUCAUACCACUCGGACCCCUGAGUUUCUUGGGUUAGAUAAUGAGAUGGGGCUUUGGGCUGGUCACACUCCACAAGAGCUCAACAACGCUGCCCAGGAUGUUGUUGUUGGAGUUCUUGAUACAGGUGUUUGGCCUGAAUCUAAGAGUUUUAGUGAUGUUGGUAUGCCCGAUGUGCCUUCUAGAUGGCGAGGGGAAUGUGAAUCUGGACCUGAUUUCUAUCCCAAGGUACAUUGCAACAAAAAAUUGAUAGGUGCUCGGCUUUUCGCUAAAGGAUACCGUAUGUCGGCUUCUGGUUCAUUUACGAACCAACCCAGACAGCCUGAAUCGCCUCGGGACCAGGAUGGUCAUGGCACCCAUACAGCUAGUACCGCCGCAGGUGCCCCUGUGGCUAACGCCAGCCUCCUUGGGUACGCCAGUGGUAUCGCUCGAGGUAUGGCUCCUCGCGCGCGUGUAGCUACCUAUAAGGUAUGUGGGCCUACUGGCUGUUUUGGGUCUGAUAUUCUAGCUGGUAUGGAUCGUGCUAUUUUGGAUGGGGUUGACGUGCUAUCUUUAUCGUUGGGUGGUGGAUCGGGUCCUUAUUAUCGUGAUACCAUUGCCAUUGGUGCUUUCUCUGCUAUGGAGAGAGGAAUUGUUGUGUCUUGUUCUGCAGGAAACAGCGGUCCAGCCAAAGCUUCACUUGCAAAUACCGCUCCAUGGAUCAUGACUGUUGGUGCUGGAACCAUAGACCGUGACUUCCCUGCUUUUGCUGUUUUGGGUAAUGGAAAAAAGAUUACUGGGGUGUCUUUAUACAGUGGAAAUGGCAUGGGUAAAAAGCUAGUUAGCUUAGUUUACAACACAGAUAGUAGUGGCAGUCUUUGCUUGCCAGGUUCACUUGACCCCAAAAAUGUGCGUGGCAAAAUAGUGGUAUGCGACAGAGGGUCUAAUGCAAGAGUAGAAAAAGGUCUAGUGGUGAAAGAAUCUGGUGGGGUUGGGAUGAUAUUGGCCAACACUGUCGAGAGUGGUGAGGAGCUGGUGGCCGAUAGUCACUUGUUGCCCGCGUUGGCUGUAGGAAGGAAAGUUGGAGAUUACAUAAGGCAGUAUGUGAAGAAUGAGAAGAAUCCGAUGGCCGUGCUCAGCUUUGGUGGGACGGUGGUAAACGUGAAGCCAUCGCCGGUCGUGGCAGCGUUUAGCUCAAGAGGACCCAAUACAGUGACACCACAGAUUUUGAAGCCUGAUGUAAUUGGGCCUGGAGUGAACAUAUUGGCAGCUUGGUCUGAGGCUAUUGGGCCCACUGGGCUUGAGAAAGAUAUCAGGAGGACCAAGUUCAACAUCAUGUCUGGUACAUCAAUGUCCUGUCCUCAUAUCAGUGGACUGGCUGCAUUGUUGAAAGCAGCUCAUCCUGACUGGAGUCCAAGUGCCAUCAAGUCUGCACUUAUGACAACUGCCUAUAACCGUGACACCACUAACUCCCCUCUUCGUGAUGCAGAAGGCGGUCAACUCUCCACUCCAUGGGCUCAUGGAUCAGGUCAUGUUGAUCCCCACAAGGCACUCUCCCCAGGUCUUGUCUACGAUAUUACCCCAGAGGACUACAUCAAGUUCUUAUGCUCCUUGGACUAUGAGAUGGGUCACAUACAAGCCAUUGUCAAGCGCCCGAAUGUCACUUGUGCUAAGAAAUAUGCAGAUCCUGGGCAGAUUAACUACCCUUCAUUCUCAGUUUUCUUUGCGAAAUCAAGGGUUGUUCGUUACACCCGAACGGUGACCAAUGUGGGAGCUGCAGGCUCCAUCUAUGAGGUAGUCAUAGAUGCUCCCCUGACUGUUUCUGUGACCGUGAAGCCAUCAAAACUUGUAUUCAAAAGGGUAGGGGAGAGGCUGCGCUACACCGUCACAUUUGUGUCCAAGAAGGGUGUUAGCACGAUGACCAAGAGUACAUUUGGUUCUAUUUCUUGGAAUAAUGCUCAAAACCAAGUUAGGAGUCCAGUCUCAUAUUCCUGGUCACAGUUGUUUAACUGAAAAGUUGUCCCUUUAAUCUAAUGUGUAUGGUUUUCCCCUUUUGAAUUACCAAAAAGUUGUGGUAAUCAGAUGUGCAAAUGGAAGUCUUGUAGCAAUCUUGUGAUAGGGUUCCUCCAAAGUUUUAGUUUUUCUUUUCAAGUAAAAUCAUGCAAUGCAAAAUUAUAACCCUGCUUUUAUGA